UUUGGCCCCCCACCAUCCCAUCAUUUGUAGAACACACUAUAAUCACCAUCACCCUGGAAGAUAUAGGCUUAUUCCGUUUGCUCAUGAUGUGCUCAUCUUCAACUUCUUCCUGUCUGUCGCUCUUCAAAAGGCCCCCGUGAUCCCGUGCUGCUUCCUGGAUUCGUUCUUAGUGAUAGACGAAUGUCUCCUGAGCACUGGUUUCGUCAACAUGGCACCCCAGGAUCAUUUUGGUCGCAUUCAUAAGACUGCCUAUGUGGUAUCGACUGCUGUGCUCCUCGCCUUAGCACUGGCUGGGGUGGUCAUUCGAUGCAUUAUCCGUUUUCGCAUGCAAAAGCAGCGGUUCCAGAUCGACGAUGGAUUAUUUGCAUUAGCGGUCAGCUUGCUACUGACCAGCUUUAUUAUCAUAUAUGACAAGGUUAUCGACCCGAUGUUUUUACUAGCCGCCAUGCAGGGCGAGGUUGAAGGAAUAGAGAUACCCGCCGACUGGCUUCAAGUCUCCCACAACUUCCAUAAAUGGAACGCAGCAGCACUGAUACUCAGUUGGUGCUCUAUCUGCGCAGUCAAGUUUUACUUUCUCGUGUUUUUUAAGAAGCUGAUCGAUCGCUUACGCUUCUGGCAAAUGUACUGGUGGAUUGUCGCCAUCUUCAACCUCGGCCAGCUGGCUUUUGGAGCCACAGUCUACUAUCUUGGGUGCCCAUUUUGGGAUGAGCGAGAGCUCCAAUGUUCUUCCGGGCGAUACAAGUCGGUGCUUAUCCGGGUCUCAAGUGCGCAGAUCUCAUUGGAUAUCGCGGCCGACCUUCUAAUCCUAGUUAUUCCGAUUGGCAUCAUCUGGAAGAUCAAGGUCCAGUGGACCCAGAAAUUGGUGCUGAUGAGCUCCCUCUGCCUAACCAUCGUCCUUGUCGCUCUAUCAAUCACCCGAGUUGCUGGGCUAGUGCACCAUGGGGCGGUGGACACGAUAUGGGAAACCUACUGGCAGUCUCUGAGUGCUGAGCUUGGUGUUUUCCUAGCUGCCGCGUCGACGUUCCGAUCCUUUUUCAUCGCCCAGAGACAGAACAAAGCCAAUAUACCAUCUGUGACAUUCAAUCGCUGGCUCAGGAGUUCGACCCCGAGAGGGUCGGCUCGCAAGCAGCCCGACUCCCUCUUUGCAUCAUGGUCCGAUAACACAGCAACCUCUGGAUUCGAGCGUAUAUCAGAACAGGGCGACGGAGAUCCCAACCUACGUAAAGAUAGUCAUGAAUGGCAUCACAUGUCAAACCCCUCCCAAACAGAACAGGGCUAUGGUGCGCCAUUUGAUACUGAGACGCACACAGAUCCUUUUCAUGCUAGACCAGUUUAGCGGAGGCUGCGUGUGUUAUGCAACGGGCAAAAUGAGUGUUAUGUUAUCAUCUCCUGCAAUCACUAGUUCGGUCAUGUAUGCCCUCCAUGUACCUAGUUCGGUGUACUGUCUCGUUGACUUUGCAGAGGGUUAGGUUAGUUACCAUAUUGCCAGUGUUGAUAGGUUGCCAGGUCGUCCACUUACGAUUGAUGAUAUUCGAAACCUGCGUGUACAUACGAUAUGGUAUGGAAUAAAGAUUUUCCCCAUGGCCUUAAGGCAUACCCGUACGCUUGAUUCGAAUGUGUUCUAGUGCAUACUUGGACACAGAGGUAUACACCCUCAGUCGCGCACUCACAACUAGCGCUAUGAUCUCACAAAGAAAUUCUUACAGCAACUGUUAAAAGUCUGAUGAGUGCGAUGAUAGUCACGAUGCACUGACAAUUUUGUGUGGUCAUAAAAUGCAACCAGCUGAUAUGGAAUUUCCUGAUAAUAUCGAACUCAUAGGGUAGAAUUAUUGCAACUCUCGAUUGUUUGCUAGCCGCGGUAUAUAUACUAGCACUCAAUAUCCCACAAGCAUCCUGGAUUUCUACCAGUGGCAAUUAGGUAUAGUGUUCUCAAACAAAUAGAGUAAUCUCAAGGCUAC